GCAUUGUUAGCUCCUAACAAUGAGUCGGCACUCGAUUUAUAAAAGCUUUUCCUAUGCGUCGCGGACCCGCAGUUUCAACUUGUUCCCCAUUGGAAAGCAUCGCUGGACCACCGAUGUCUCUGCGGACAGUGCCUUCUCUUUUCCUGUGUUUUUAACAUGAGUGUAGUUAAUAACUGGGUAAAAUGGGGUAUCUUAGCGAGCAUCGUCUGCGGCGUCUCACGUGCGGCUUUCCUCGAUUUAUUCGGUCUCCAAAACAUCAUGACCUACCCGCAAAGGAAUCCUGCUUAUGAUCGUCAGGUUCCACCUUACGAUCGUCCGGUUCCUGGUUAUGAUCGCCAGGCGAUGGACAGGGGCAGUAACAUUUAUCUGAACACACCUUACAACGUGAGUCUCAUCGCUCCACCGCCACCGCCCCCACCACCGGACUACAAUCGAGACAGCAGAUUCCUACCUUUAUUCUCUGUGGUGAAUUUUGACAUCCAAGAAUGUGCCGCUUCGACGGGGGAGAACGGGACCUGCAUGACCCUCGAAGAAUGCAGGGGACGAGGAGGAAUUGCCAGCGGCCCCUGCGUCCGGACCUACGGCGUCUGUUGUAUAUUUGUUGCAACGUGCGGUCAAACUACGGCAGAUAAUUGCACAUACUUCGUCAAUACUGGGUACCCAUCAGCGUACGAUGGAACAGGCUCUUGUCAACUCACCGUCCAUAAAGCUCGACCAGAUAUAUGUCAAUUUCGGUUAGAUUUUGAGCAGUUUACAAUUCAAGGUCCAGAGCAAACUCAUCACGUCUGCAACAGCGAUCAAUUUUUAAUAUCAAGCGGAGGUCCUAUUAACGCCAUUUGUGGCGUUAACACCGGAAAUCACAUGUACAUUGAUGCCGGCUCUGGCGCAAGUAAUCCUGUUACAUUGACCUUUGUUACCAGUGGUCCUAAAUUUCCCAGGACGUGGAAAGUUAAGAUUUGUCAAAUCCCAUGCAACUCAGUCUACAGAGCUGAGGAAGGGUGUUUGCAAUAUUACACAGGUGUUUCGGGCACCAUUAAAUCAUAUAAUUAUGAGCCUGCGACGGGGCUACAACUUUCAAAUCAAGACUACACCAUGUGUAUCCGCGCAGAAAGAAAUUUCUGUGGAAUACAAUAUUCAGCUUGCGCAGACCCAGUGAACAACAGAUCGCAUGCUUUCACGUUAACCGGGAACACAUUGGGUCAAAAUCCAGUAGCCUCGCAACUGGGGAGCACUGGGCCGAACUCGUGCAACAUGGAUUGGCUCGUAAUACCGUGCACGUCGAACACGGGUCGGAUCAGCACCUCGCAAACCACUUGCGUCGACCGACUUUGCGGGGGCACAUUGAGCGCUGAGAUCUCAACUAUAGCUUCAACUAUUUACAGUAAUGUGCGGCCAUUUAGAAUCUCCUAUCACACCAACAAUGUUGAAUCGCCAACAGACAUGGGGAACAGAGGGUUCUGCCUGAAUUACAUACAGCAACCAUGCACUUCAAUCUACAGCUGAGAAGAUGAGACCAUCAUCAGUCAGACUACAUUUUGCAAUUAGGAACCGACAAUAAGUACUAUUUCUGGCUCAUUUUAUAAACAUCGCAUGCGCCAUUGGUUUUUUUGUGCAGAUUGGUGAUUUGGGAGUGAGCCAAAAAUAGCAGUUCCUACUUGCAAAGUGGAGUUCAGUUUUUGGGUUCACAAGAAACGGAAUUGACUUGCCUGAUCCUAAUUAGGUAGAUGUUUACAUUGGCAUUUCGUAUGAUAUGACGCAGCUAGGAGUUGAACCAUUUUUGUGAGAAGCGAUGGGUAGUUAACUGAUAUGUUGUCAGACAUACCAUGUUCAAAGAAACCAGAAAUUUGUAUAGUUGUUUGAGGUUUUUAUCUUUUGUCAAUAUCUUCAUGAGUAAAUUUAUUCUUUGAGGUUUUCUAAAA